ACUGUGGGAGGAGGAGACGCAGGCCACUUUCACUCUCUUGUUGAAUGUUCGAGACGACUAGUCACGAUAUCCUUCUUUGAUGAUUAUCGGGCCGCAGCUCUACAGGGUGCUAGCUCGACUACACGUGUGGCACUGAUCAGGACCUGCUGUACAGCAAGGGCGAGCCGGCCGAUUCGGACACCGCGACCCAAGCCGGCAGGAGCAACAAAGCGGCACGAGGAACGUCUCGCUUGGCCCUGACUGGGCUUCCGGUACAUCCCAGUUCCCGUCUCAAGACAUCAUCAUCACGCUCUGUUGUCCACGCCUUCACACACGAGAUGACCAUCAUGGCAACCAAAUUCACGCCGGAGGUUCUCCUCUCGGCCCCGCGCAGGAGCGCCGCCGUCCCCAAUGCCACCGGCACGCUGGCUCUCUUCACCGUCACCGAGUACUCGUUUGAGAAGCACUCUCGGAGCUUCAAGCUCAAGGCUCUCGACAUCAAGACGGGUCAGUCGACCAUCUUGUCCGAGGACCCCAACUGGUCGGAGCCGACCUGGCUCACCGAGACCGAGUACGUCUACAUCAAGACCGCAAACAACGGCAGCAACUCUGGCAAGACGACUCUCUACGUGGCCGACGCGACAAACCCGUCAAAGGGCAGCCGCGAGAUCGCGACCUUUGACGGCGCCAUUGGCAACAUCAAGGUCAAGGACAUUGGCAACGACACCAUCGCGUUCGCCUGCACGGCGCCCACCACGCGCUGGGGCAAGCUGUACAACCCGGCCAACGAAAAGAAGCGCCACUCGUCCGCAAAGGUGUACUCGAGCCUCUUUGUCCGCCACUGGGAUUCCUACGUCUCCAAGAACACCAACGCGGUAUGGUAUGGCGCCAUUGUCAAGGACGGCAGCGGCGCCUACAAGAUGAAAGGCGAGCACGGGCUCAUCAACGCCUUCCAGGGCACCAGGUUCGAGUGUCCGGUCCCCAACUUUGGCGGUGCAGAGGACUACGACAUCAGCAAGGCCGGCAUCGUCUUCCUGUCCAAGGACCCAGAGCUCAACCCGGCGCUGUACACAAAGACGGACCUGUACUUCAUCCCGCUGUCGACCUGGAUAGAAGAGCAGCCCCCGUUCCCCACGGUCGUCAAGACGGGCAAGCUGCGCGGCUACAGCAACUCCCCUGUCUUUUCGCACUGCGGCACCAAGGUCGCGUUCCGCCGCAUGCAGCACGACCAGUACGAGAGCGACAAGCCGCGCCUCCUGCUCAUCCCGGACAUCUACGACCUCAGCAACGUCCAGGAGUUUUACAAGACGGAUGACGGCAAGGGCGGCUGGGACCAGCGUCCCGACACCAUUGUCUGGAGCAACGACGACUCCAAGCUCUACGUGACGGCCGAGAACGAGGCGCGCACACUCAUCUACGAGGUCCCUGCCAACCCCGCCGAUGCCACGGCCAAGGGUCCGCCAAAGCCCCUGACGAAGGAAGGUACGGUCGGCGCCUUCUUCAACCUCUCCAAGGACGACGACAAGUUGCUUGUCAACACAAGCUCGCUGGUCGACAGCUCGAGCUACUCCAUUCUUGACCCGAGCACCCAAGAGCUGAAGCUCAUUUCGUCCGCCACAAAGUGCGGCAAGACCUUUGGUCUGUCCUCCAGCCAGGUCGACGAGUUCUGGUGGGCCGGCGCGACGGGAGACUACAAGUGCCAUGCCCUGGUGGUCAAGCCGUCCAAGUUCGACUCUAAGAAGAAAUAUCCCCUGGCAUUCUUCAUCCACGGCGGGCCCCAGGGCGCUUGGGGAGACAGCUGGAGCACGCGCUGGAACCCGGCUGUGUUCGCGGAGCAAGGGUACGUCGUGAUCGCGCCCAACCCGACGGGUAGUACUGGAUACGGCCAGGACUUUACGGAUGCCAUUGCCAGAAACUGGGGCGGCCGGCCGUACGAGGACCUCGUCAAGUGUUUCGAGCACAUCAAGAACGAACUGUCGUAUGUUGACACUGAUAACGCCGUGGCCCUCGGUGCGUCUUAUGGCGGAUACAUGAUCAACUGGAUCCAGGGGCAUCCCCUCGGCCGCGAAUUCAAAGCCCUGGUCUGCCACGAUGGCAUCUUCACCACCAUGGCCGACUGGGGGACAGAGGAGCUCUUCUUCACGAUGCAUGACAAGGGCGGUACUAUCUGGGACGCCCGCGACCUGUACAGCAAGUGGGACCCCGCAGUACACGUCGGCGAGUGGAAGACGCCUCAGCUCGUCAUCCACAGUGAGCUUGAUUACAGGUUGCCAGUCUCGGAGGGCUUGGCAGCGUUCAAUGCCCUGCAGACUAGAGGCGUGGAGAGCCGGAUGUUGGUGUUCCCGGACGAGAACCACUGGGUACUGAAGCCGGAAAACUCGCUCGUGUGGCACAAGGAGGUGCUUGGCUGGAUCAACAAGUACACGGGCCUGGACACGACGGGCCUGGUAGAUGAGACUGAGAACCUGGAGGUAUAGGGCAGAACCCCCCCAAAAGAAACACCAUUUUGAGCUUUGAGACCAUUCGGAGCAAAUGCCAUUCAAAUUUCUCCA